CAGAUCGUCCCCUUCUGUGGGCACAUCAAAGGAGGAAUGAGGCCGGGAAAGAAGAUCUUGGUUAUGGGCAUAGUGGACCUCAACCCCGAGAGCUUUGGCAUCAGCCUGACUUGCGGGGAGUCAGAAGAUCCUCCUGCGGAUGUAGCUAUUGAACUGAAAGCUGUGUUCACAGACAGACAGUUUGUCAGAAAUUCUUGUGUAGCUGGAGAAUGGGGGGAAGAGCAAUCGUCUAUUCCGUACUUUCCAUUUAUACCGGACCAGCCUUUUAGGGUUGAGAUACUUUGUGAGCAUCCCCGUUUUAGAAUAUUUGUGGAUGGACAUCAGCUCUUUGAUUUUUACCACCGUAUUGAAACACUGUCAGCAAUUGACACGAUAAAGAUAAACGGAGAUCUUCAGCUUACAAAACUGGGCUGAGCUCGUCAGGACCGCAGAUUCCAAACCGGCUCAGGUGCCAUCGUCCAUUUGGAGAAGUGACAGCCGGCUCGCGACACAGCUAUGGUAGGAGGGCUGCCCCGUUCCUUUUCCGCAUGCAGUUCUUCACUCCUGUGCCAAUGAACCGGGCUGUUGUUUAUCCUAAUGAAGAACGUUGUUGGUUAAUAGACAUUGAGCCGUUUUUCUUGGAUCAAAAUAGCCCACCGGUGCUGGAUAAUCAAAUUGGACUGGAUUCAGAAAGACUUGCAGUCUUGUUUCAAAUCUCGCAGAAAGGUGAUUUCUGAAAUGCAGCACUAGAACCGGUUACUGAACAGCAAUGACAACGACAAAAAACAAGCAAACAAAACGUUUUCCUUUUGCAAAUAUUGUUUCUGCACUGAAGUGGAGUAGUGUAGCACAACAUAGGGCCACGUCUUGACGUCCUUACCCAGGGCCUGAGCCUGGUUCCCUGGAAAUCGAUGGCAAAACUCCCGCUCACGUUACCGGGGUACAAUCAGAUGGUCUAGUCCUUAGUCAAGCACAAUUCCCACUGAUUUCUGUGGGAUUUUUGCACACGCCUGGGGGCCAGCUCUUCUGCUGGUGUAAAGCAGCGUCGCCGCCGUGGCUCGCAGGGGAGUUCUGCUGAUUGCUCCCAGCCGCUGACUUGGCCCAAGGACUGUGCAAAAAUGGAAUGAGGGUGUGAGGACACAGCCUGUAUAUUUUAGUCAGGGUAUUUGCAUAGAAUGUAGAUCGGUAUGAGUUUUUGCACAAUGUACUGUUAAUACCAUUUUUAAAGCUUAUCUGUAGUUUAUUUAUUUAUACUCAAUGUAUGUAUUAUUAGUAGAAAUGAACAAUCUUACUGAUGGUGAAGAACAGCAAAGUGUAAACAUUCUGAAUGUACAAAACGUCUUAGGUUCUUUGGGUAAACUCUUGAAAAGUCCUGUUUCCUAUCGACCAUUUAGUGACAUUUUACUGGAGCCCUCUAGGCCCUGGGAGGUGUGGGCAUGGUAGCUGCUGGGGGUGGGGGUAGCUCUGCAUUUUCACUACAAACUGUUUUUCAGGGCUUACUAACUUUGCUGCACGGGAUAGGUUUGACUUAAAGUCGAUCCAUUUUAAAAAACUUAAAAAGCAAAUUUGUGUGUUUAACUGUGCUUUUAUAACCUGAGAAAAAAAGUUAAAUUUGGCAGCCUCUUACUUCAGAAAGAGAACCAGCCUCUUUCCAGAGGAGAUGGGAGUUUUUUUGCACUUUGUUUGAGAACAUAUUCGGCCUUUGAUAUGACAAUUAAAACUUGUCUAGACAGCCAAGUUAUUAAUGCUUGAAAAUCAGCUACUGCACAUGAAUAAUAACUUUCCAAGUAGCUUUUUAAAUAGUAGGUAUAGCUGUAUGAACACAGUCAUUGUGCUACACUAUAAAUGAACACAGCCACUUUUCUUGACUUCUUUAGGACUAAAUACACUUUUUUCCUUGGCUGCUCACAAUAGACUAUUGCGGGUCUUGUGGGUAGUUAUGAUAUAAACAUAUAUUUAGGGAAUUUUGAAAACAUGUAAUAUAGGGACUUCCUAAGACACAGAAUACAGAAACAUCCUUUGUAGCACAGUAUUUAAAAAAAAAAAAAAAAGAAAAAGAAGAAUCUCACAAACAGAACUAUGUUAAACCUGCAAUAAAGCUGUGGUUUAAAGCAACCAGAACUGGAAUAUCCAAAGGUAAGGGUAGAACGCCAGUUGCAAAGCCUCAUUUUACACUAAUUUGGCCUGCAGUUAAGAAGCCUUAGACUGCACGCUGAAAUUCCAACUGUGGCUCUAGUCCAAAGCCUGCU